CCCCGGGAGCCUGCGCGCCGAGCCUAGCGGAGCCGCGGAGGGAUGGGGAGCGGGCCACCCAGACUGCAGGAACAUCAGCGCGGGGCGUAGGAGGGUCGAGCGGGCGUGAGCAAGCGCUCGGGCGAGAAGUGUGCGGCGCAGGAGCACUUUGCGAUAGGAUGAGGUUCUUGGCUGGCGCGCGGUAGUACUAUGAUUUGGUAUGUGGCCACUUUGAUAGCAAGUGUGAUCAGCACCCGAGGUCUUGCGGCUCAAGCUGCCCACGGCCUGCGAGAGGAGCCCGAGUUCGUGACGGCGAGAGCCGGUGAGAGCGUGGUUCUGCGAUGCGAUGUGAUCCACCCGGUGACUGGACAGCCGCCACCCUAUGUCGUGGAGUGGUUCAAGUUCGGGGUGCCUAUCCCGAUCUUCAUCAAGUUUGGCUACUACCCACCCCAUGUGGACCCUGAGUAUGCAGGCCGAGCGAGUCUUCAUGAUAAAGCAUCGCUGCGGCUGGAGCAGGUUCGCUCUGAGGACCAGGGCUGGUACGAGUGCAAAGUGCUCAUGCUGGACCAGCAGUAUGACACCUUCCACAACGGCAGCUGGGUCCACCUCACCAUCAAUGCCCCUCCCACCUUUACAGAAACACCCCCCCAGUACAUCGAGGCCAAGGAGGGUGGCAGCGUGACCAUGACCUGCACAGCCUUUGGGAACCCCAAGCCUAUUGUCACCUGGCUCAAGGAAGGGACACUCCUAGGUGCCAGUGGGAAAUACCAGGUGAGUGACGGGAGCCUGACGGUGACAUCGGUCAGCCGGGAGGACAGAGGUGCCUACACCUGCCGUGCAUACAGCAUCCAAGGGGAGGCCGUCCAUACCACCCACCUGCUUGUUCAAGGGCCGCCCUUCAUAGUGUCCCCUCCUGAGAACAUCACCGUCAAUAUUUCCCAGGAUGCUCUGCUUACCUGCCGGGCGGAGGCGUAUCCCGGCAACCUCACUUACACCUGGUACUGGCAGGAUGAGAAUGUCUACUUUCAGAAUGACCUGAAGCUGAGAGUGAGGAUCCUGAUCGAUGGGACCCUGAUCAUCUUCCGGGUGAAGCCCGAGGAUGCAGGGAAGUACACCUGCGUCCCUAGCAACAGUCUGGGGCGCUCCCCGUCGGCCUCAGCCUACCUGACUGUGCAGUAUCCAGCCCGUGUCCUCAACAUGCCCCCCGUAAUCUACGUGCCCGUGGGGAUCCAUGGCUACAUCCGCUGCCCUGUGGACGCAGAGCCACCGGCCACUGUGGUCAAGUGGAAUAAGGAUGGCCGCCCCCUGCAGGUCGAGAAGAACCUGGGUUGGACCUUGAUGGAGGAUGGCUCCAUCCGAAUCGAGGAGGCCACAGAAGAGGCUCUUGGCACGUAUACCUGUGUGCCUUACAAUACCUUGGGGACCAUGGGCCAGUCUGCUCCCGCACGGCUAGUCCUGAAGGACCCCCCGUAUUUUACGGUGCUACCGGGCUGGGAGUACAGGCAGGAGGCCGGCCGGGAGCUGCUCAUCCCCUGUGCGGCCGCAGGGGAUCCCUUCCCUGUCAUCAAGUGGAGAAAGGUAGGGAAGCCCAGCAGAAGCAAGCACAACGCCCUGCCCAGCGGAAGCCUCCAGUUCCGAGCCCUGAGUAAGGAGGACCAUGGGGAGUGGGAAUGCAUCGCCACUAACGUGGUCACCAGCAUCACUGCCAGUACCCACCUGACUGUCAUCGGCACCAGCCCCCAUGCCCCAGGCAGUGUCCGGGUCCAGGUCUCCAUGACAACUGCCAACGUGUCCUGGGAGCCAGGCUAUGAUGGAGGAUUCGAGCAGACAUUCUCAGUUUGGUACGGACCUCUGAUGAAGCGGGCGCAGUUCGGACCCCACGACUGGCUGUCCCUGUCAGUUCCUCCGGGACCCAGCUGGUUGCUGGUGGACGCCCUGGAGUCUGAGACAGCGUACCAGUUCAGCGUCCUGGCGCAGAACAAGCUGGGGACCAGCGCCUUCAGUGAGGUGGUCACUGUGAACACUUUAGCAUCCCCCAUCACUACUCCAGAACCCCUGGUGCUGGUUACCCCACCGAGGUGCCUCACAGCCAAUCGGACCCAGCAGGGCGUGCUCCUGUCCUGGCUCCCACCUGCCAACCACAGCUUUCCCAUUGACCGCUACGUCAUGGAGUUCCGCGUCGGAGAGCGCUGGGAGAUGUUGGAUGAUGCCAUCCCAGGCACUGAUGGGGAAUUCUUUGCCAAGGAUCUAUCACAGGACACCUGGUAUGAGUUCCGGGUUUUGGCCGUCAUGCAGGAUCUGAUCAGCGAGCCCAGCAACAUCGCCGGAGUCUCCAGCACAGACAUCUUCCCGCAGCCGGACCUGACCGAUGAUGGGUUAGCGCGCCCUGUGCUGGCUGGAAUCGUAGCUACCAUCUGCUUCUUGGCAGCUGCCAUCCUGUUUAGCACUCUGGCUGCCUGCUUUGUCAACAAGCAGCGCAAGCGUAAGCUCAAGCGCAAAAAAGACCCUCCACUCUCCAUCACUCACUGCAGGAAGAGCCUGGAGUCUCCCCUGUCCUCGGGCAAGGUGAGCCCAGAGAGCGUCCGGACGCUCCGGGCCCCGUCAGAAUCCUCUGACGACCAGGGCCAGCCGGCAGCCAAGAGAAUGCUGAGUCCCACCCGGGAGAAGGAGCUGUCCUUGUACAAGAAGACCAAGAGGGCCAUCAGCAGCAAGAAGUACAGUGUGGCCAAGGCCGAGGCUGAGGCCGAGGCCACCACGCCCAUCGAGCUCAUCAGCAGAGGACCUGACGGCCGCUUCGUGAUGGGUCCCUCCGAGGUGGAGCCCCCGGUGAAGGGCAGGCGCAUCGAGGGCUUUCCCUUUGCGGAGGAGACGGACAUGUACCCUGAGUUCCGCCAGUCUGAUGAGGAGAAUGAGGACCCGCUUGUGCCCACAUCCGUGGCUGCCCUGAAGUCCCAGCUGACCCCUCUGUCAUCCAGCCAGGAGUCCUACCUGCCACCACCAGCAUAUAGCCCGAGGUUCCAGCCCCGUGGGCUGGAGGGCCCCAGCGGCCUGGAAGGCCGGCUCCAGGCCACCGGCCAGGCCAGGCCCCCUGCCCCCCGGCCCUUCCAGCACGGCCAGUAUUACGGGUACCUCAGCAGCAGCAGCCCGGGGGAAGUGGAGCCGCCACCCUUCUACAUGCCGGAAGUGGGCAGUCCCCUGAGCUCUGUCAUGUCCUCCCCGCCCCUGCACACUGAGGGGCCUUUUGGCCACCCCACCAUCCCUGAGGAAAACGGAGAGAAUGCUUCCAACAGCACGCUGCCCUUGACUCAGACACCUACGGGCGGGCGCUCCCCUGAGCCCUGGGGUCGGCCAGAAUUCCCCUUUGGGGGUCUGGAAACCCCAGCCAUGAUGUUCCCGCACCAGCUACACCCCUGUGAUGUAGCUGAGAGUCUGCAGCCCAAGGCCUGCCUCCCCCGAGGACUGCCCCCCACCUCCCUGCAGGUGCCCUCAGCCUACCCGGGCAUGCUAUCUCUGGAGGCACCAAAGGGCUGGGCAGGCAAGACACCGGGCAGGGGCCCUGUGCCAGUGCCCACUGCCACCAAGUGGCAGGACAGACCUAUGCAACCUCUGGUGAGCCAAGGGCAGCUAAGACAUACCAGCCAAGGUAUGGGCAUACCCGUGUUGCCUUACCCCGAGCCCGCUGAGCCGGGGGGACACGGUGGCCCCAGCACAUUUGGCCUGGACACCCGGUGGUAUGAGCCCCAGCCCCGGCCCCGGCCCAGCCCCCGGCAGGCCAGGCGCACCGAGCCCAGUUUACAUCAAGUGGUGCUACAGCCCUCCCGGCUCUCACCUCUGACCCAAAGCCCCCUCAGCUCCCGCACUGGCUCUCCUGAGCUCGCUGCCCGGGCCCGGCCUCGCCCUGGCCUCCUACAGCAGGCCGAGAUGUCGGAGAUCGCCCUGCAGCCGCCAGCCGCCGUCAGCUUCUCUUGCAAGUCCACACCAUCCACGGGCUCCCCGUCCCAGAGCAGCCGCAGCGGGAGCCCCAGCUACCGGCCCUCCGUGGGCUUCAGCACUGUGGCCACGGGCUACCCCUCCCCUCCUCCAGGCCCUGCAGGGCCUGCGGACAACCUGGAUGUGUUUGGACAGACGCCUUCCCCUCGAAGGAUGGGGGAGGAGCUGCUCAGACCAGAGCCCCCCCCACCACAGAUUUCUUCUUCAGGAACACAUCCACCUGCACCCGGGAAUGCUGCCGCACCUGAGAGGCUGGAGGCUCUGAAAUACCAACGGAUAAGGAAGCCCAAAAAGCCAUCCAAGGGCUCUUCGAAGUCAAAGAAACGAUCCGACGGCCCUGCCUCCCAGGCUCCGCAGCUUCCAAACUCUCAGGUUCUGUGGCCCGAUGAAGCCGUCUGCCUCCGAAAGAAGAAGAGACAUUCUCGGCCAGACCCCUUUGCCCGCCUCUCGGACUUGUGCCAUCGCCAGCUUCCGGAAGACCAGACAGCGAUCCUCAACAGCAUGGAUCACGAUGACCCCGGCCAUGCCACUCUGCUGUGACGACGCAACUCUAAGUGCCCCCUGAGCGAGAAUGCUGGGCUGGGGGCCAGGGGGGAUGUGUGGGCACGGGCGCCGGGGCCUGGGCUGCCCCUCCAUGGAGGCCUGACCUGGCCGGGUGUUCUGGGCUGCUCAGACCUUUGUUCUGCCUGUUUACACCGCAGGCAGUGCCACAGUCUCCUCCAAGCCUGGCUUCCUCUUCAGGACGUGGGCGUGGGGAGACCUUUCGGCUGUGGGCAGCGGUCAGGAGGUGAACUGGGCACAGGGAGAUGUCUGCCUCCCCCCCCUGCUCCCCUCUUCACAAGGUCGACUUGUUCUCCUGGUCAAAGGUCUUUGACAGUGAAGAGGAAAGUGAUGGCUUUACUGCUCUCUGCCUCCGCUUCUGCUUCAGUUUUUUUUUUUUAAGUGCUAGGAGAGGGCUAGACUUCCAUCCCGCUUUCCAAACUCUACAUAUAUAUAGAUAUAGGUACAGAUGCAUAGGUGUGUAGUUUGUGGGUGUCUCUAUGUGUAUAUAUAUGUACAUUGAAGCAAAGUGCUGUUUUAUUUCUGUGGUCAGCGAGGAGGAAGAGGGCAACCAUCCUGUGGGCUUGGUGAGCAGGGCUGGCAGAGAGCUGGCCGGGUGCCUGGAUGUCUGUCUCAGGGAUUAUUCUUCCUGAAACAGGAUUCAUGCCUUCUCAGCUGAAUUCAUCAAUUUGACUCACUACCUUCUCCCAUCCAGAGCAGAGAUGGGGGCUUGUCAUGCUUUCCAGCUGCCUGCUUUGGGGGUUUAGCAAUGCAUUACCACAGAACAAAACACAAUCCUCUAUUUCUUGGUUCCUGGGUGAAGAAAGGGUGGUGGGCGAAGGGCCACACUGGCAUCGUCCUCCACAGUUUGGCUCAGAAGUAGAGGCUGCUUAGCAGCAGGGCCGAGGAGCAGGCCCUGAGGCACGCACUGGGCUCACCCAUCAGUCCCUCUGGUCCGGGGCCUUGGGGCCACAGGGCCCUCCAUUCCAGAGCCACCUGUGCUGAGCGCAAAGCUGCCGCUGCUCUAUUUAUAUCCUUCCCGCCUCUGGCUCGGCACCCUCUGGAGCGCUGAUCCGAGGCUGCUGACUGGGUUCUUCCUUUCCUUUUGUGGGAGCUAAUUUCCUAGAUUGAUUAAUUGCCACUUGUGGGGAGCCUGCUGGCGUCUUCUUUCCAUGAUCUCCACGUGCUGCCUGUAGACUCUUCCCUGCCGCGGGCCUCCUCCACCCUGCGGACCCCGCCUGCGAUGGGAUGGGGUCAGACGAAACUGAGACGCCUCAGAUCUGGGUUCUGGGGGUGCUCUGGACCCCCUCACUUCUCCUGGUUCCAUUUAAGUGGGACCGGCUGAGGCAUGGGAAUGAAGGUAGAAGGGGUGGGGGGUGGUGGCGUGGGCUCUGAGCCUUCCUCUGCCAAGAUCUUGUCCUAGUUCCAACUAUGAGCACCCAGGAGCUUCUGUGAGGUCAUCUUAAAAUGACUAAAGAUGUAUCUCUCUCUUCCAAUAAGAUAAUGGUGCUGCCCCAGCACAGGCGGAAGGCCCUGAGGGCCGAUGGGGCGCACCUGAUUUCCCUUCCCCUCUUGGCAGGAGCCUGCUUUUCUUGCUGCUGGGGAACUGAGGGGGCUGUCAGGUUCCUUGAAGUAUUUCCUUCUCGGUGCUGCUGUCUUGGUGGGUUUGGGGACAUCUACCUCUCCUCAGUCACCUGCUGAGACGUUGGCAAAGUGGAAGCACUGGGGGCAUUCGGGAAUCUUGUGGCCCUGUUGCCUGCGGCUCUGCCCCAUGACCCAGGGCAGGGGAAGCUGCCCCUUGCCGGGGGCCCCCAUCUUGGGGAGGAACUCUUCUUUGCCACACAGACCCCGGUGCUUCCUUCCUCUUGCCUAGUGCGUGGGGGCCAAUUCCACCGAUGGGGUUCUGCCACAUAAAUCACAUGGCCACAGCUCAUUUCUCAAUGUGACAGAGUUGUGGUGAAGAAGAGAGAAAGGGGCAGUUUCUGGCCCUCAUCUUGCCAACCGCCUCCUCUCUCGGGCUGGGCUUGUGCCCUCAGAGGGGGACCAGGACCUUCCGGCUAACGCACUUCUCUGUGCAUCCAAAGCCACUCGACCGCCAGGCGACAGCUCCGGUGACACGGAAGAGCCGAGGUGAGGUGACUGUCUUUCCUGAGGCCGCAUGACCUUUGCCACCGAGCCCUGAUCCGUGACUCACUGAAUACCUCUCCUAGGGCACGUGGGGCCUCCCUGGGUCAGUGGGCGGCCUCUGUCUGUACUCUCACGACGUGCCAUUUCUCACCAGGGCCAGAUCCUAACUGGAAUGUGAAUGUGGGAUGUCAGGGAUGUGGGUCUUCAAGAUGAAUGAGGUCAAACUUUCUAAGCCCUGAGUUUGGAAUUCUAGGCUCUUCGGGUUAUAAAGGAGAAAGUGAGGGAAGGCUUUGCUUUGUUGGGAUGUCACACAGGGCCCAGAGCCAAACCCUGGGCUGAGGUGUCUCAGACUCCAGGUGUGCUUUCCUGGGGGCCCAGCAGUGAGCUGUCGCCAAAGCUGAAGGCGCUGGCUCCUUCCUUCUUCCUCUGGCCACGCCCCUUACCUCAAGCACAUCAGACCAAAUGGUUGGAACAGUGCUUUUCACUGGCCACUGGGCGGCAGCUGUGCUGGGCACGCCCAAGGCUAGGGAAGGACCCUGGUCAACCUCUCUGAAUGGCCUCAGAUUAAUUUCUCCUCCCAAGAGGGCUUCCUUCUUGUGACAGUGUCUUGAAGGCCAGCAGCCUUCCUACACCCCUGGGAGCUAUUUCAAUUCUUCCUUUAAGGACUGUGUUGGAAACUGACAGAACGCAGCCCCCUCUGUCCAUGUGAUGGAGGGUCGAGAUGUCACUGGCACACGCUUAGUGCUGGGCGUGUGCAGCUGUGAGGGUGUGGCUGUGAUUGUGAGCCGGACGGGGGUGUAGCCAUUUCUAGGGACCAAAUGUCCUUUGUACUCUGCCGCUGAACAACUGUAACAAGCGCUAUUGAGCUUCCUCGGACUUUCACGCUCCACUGUACGGGAGAUCAGGUGUCUUCCAAACUUCCCCUUUGAUGGUCUGGUCACCUCGCUGUAGAAGUAACUCGGAUGAAAAUCUACUGCUGUGUCUCUGUCUUGGUCUGCGGCCCCAUUCUGCAUCUUCUCUGGAAACUUGGGCUGUUUCGGCUGCAGGUGAUUUGCCAGACCAGGAAAAGGGUCCCUGCUUCUAGUAGGAGCUGGGACACUUAGGGAGAUCCGAGGCUGCGGCUGCCCGGGGGAAGAAAAUGAGCAACAUAGAGAAGGGGAGUCCCGUUUCUUGGCAACACUGAGCGGGUUUCCGGCAGGCGUGGGGUCGUGCGUGUGGGUGGGCGUUUGUGGCCUGGCCCCGCCCAGGCUGUUCUGGGGAACCGCCGCCACAGCUGCAGGCUGGCUCCCCAGUGGCUUUGCUUGAGAGAUGGGGGCUAUGAGGGGUCUUCCGAGAUUUUGCUCUCGGUAGGAAGGCCGCUUCACCCCACAGGGCUGGCAGGGUCCCCGGUCAUGCUCCUGGGGUGGGGUGGAGGAGUCUCAA